AGCGUGAUGCAGAAGUACCUUGAGGAACGGAAGGAACUCACCUUUGAUAAGAUUUUCCAUCAGAAGAUUGGUUUCUUGCUCUUUAAAGAUUUUUGUUUGAAUGAAAUUAAUGAAGCGGUACCUCAGGUGAAGUUUUAUGAAGAGAUUAAAGAAUACGAGAAGUUGGACAAUGAGGAAGACCGGCUCUGUCGGAGUCGGCAGAUUUACGACACCUAUAUCAUGAAGGAGCUUCUCUCGUGCUCGCACCCAUUUUCGAAGCAAGCUGUGGAACAUGUCCAAGGUCAUCUCUCCCAGAAACAAGUGCCACCCACACUUUUUCAGCCAUAUAUAGAAGAAAUCUGUGAAAGUCUUCGAGGCAACAUUUUUCAAAAAUUUAUGGAAAGUGACAAGUUCACUAGAUUCUGUCAGUGGAAAAAUGUAGAGCUAAAUAUCCAUCUGACCAUGAAUGAUUUCAGCGUGCACAGGAUUAUUGGACGUGGAGGAUUUGGCGAAGUGUAUGGUUGCAGGAAAGCAGACACUGGAAAAAUGUACGCGAUGAAGUGCUUGGAUAAGAAAAGGAUCAAGAUGAAGCAAGGAGAAACGUUAGCCUUAAAUGAAAGGAUUAUGCUGUCUCUUGUCAGUACAGGGGAUUGUCCUUUCAUUGUCUGUAUGACGUAUGCCUUCCACACGCCAGAUAAACUCUGCUUCAUUCUGGAUCUGAUGAAUGGAGGUGACUUGCACUACCACCUCUCCCAGCAUGGGGUGUUUUCUGAGAAGGAGAUGCGGUUUUAUGCUACGGAGAUCAUCCUGGGCCUGGAACACAUGCAUACCCGCUUUGUUGUCUACCGAGACCUGAAGCCCGCCAAUAUCCUCCUGGAUGAAAAUGGCCAUGUGAGGAUAUCGGAUCUCGGUCUGGCCUGUGAUUUUUCCAAAAAGAAGCCGCACGCGAGUGUUGGUACUCACGGGUACAUGGCUCCCGAGGUGUUGCAGAAGGGGACGGCAUACGACAGCAGUGCUGACUGGUUCUCCCUGGGCUGCAUGCUCUUCAAACUCCUCAGAGGACACAGCCCUUUCAGACAACACAAAACCAAAGAUAAGCAUGAAAUAGACCGAAUGACCCUCACCGUGAAUGUGGAACUUCCGGAUACCUUCUCCCCUGAAUUAACGUCCCUCUUGGAAGCCUUGCUUCAGCGAGAUGUUAGCAAGCGACUUGGCUGCCACGGGGAUGGAGCACAGGAAGUGAAAGAGCAUUGCUUUUUUCAAGGCGUUGACUGGCAGCAUGUCUACUUACAAAAGUACCCUCCACCCCUGAUCCCACCCCGAGGAGAAGUCAAUGCCGCCGACGCCUUCGACAUCGGCUCAUUCGAUGAAGAAGACACCAAAGGCAUUAAGCUGCUUGAUUGCGACCAAGAACUCUACAAGAACUUCCCCCUGGUCAUCUCAGAGCGCUGGCAGCAGGAGGUGGUGGAGACGGUGUACAAGGCGGUCAACGCGGACACGGACAAAGCUGAGGCCCGGAAGAGGGCCAAGAACAAGCAGUUGGGCCAUGAAGAAGAUUACGCGCUGGGCAAAGACUGCAUCGUGCACGGGUACAUGCUGAAGCUCGGGAACCCCUUCCUCACGCAGUGGCAGCGGAGGUACUUUUACCUCUUCCCAAACAGGCUCGAGUGGAGAGGCGAAGCUGAGUCUCGGGAUUCCUGGAGUAUCUAUCCCAAAAAACAUAAAAUGCAAAACUUGCUGACAAUGGAGCAGAUCCUCGCAGUGGAAGAAACGCAGGUGAAAGAGAAGAAGUGCAUUCUGCUGCGUGUCAAGGGAGGGAAGCAAUUUGUCUUGCAGUGUGAGAGCGACCCCGAGUUCGCACAGUGGAAAAAGGAGCUGACAGAGACCUUCAUGGAGGCCCAGCGGCUGCUGCGCCGGGCCCCCAAGUUCCUCAACAAGCCGCGCUCUGCCAUGGGGGAGCUCUCCAAACCCCCGCUGUGUCACAGGAACAGCAACGGUGUGUAGGAGACCCAAGCCGACAGGCUCCUCAGGAGCUGGGCCACUGGGGCUGUCCUCACCUGGCCGUGGCCAGCCCAGGAACGGAUGGAGCCGGCUAGAGAAACAUGGAGACCAGACGCCCGGCAUACUCGCCACGAUGCCAAGACCCUCCUGGACAGGGAAGGGCCCAUCUCAGGCCUGGGGUGGCCUUCAUGCCUGGCCUGGCCCCACCUACCCCUACUCGAAAGCUACUGAAGGAGAGUGAUGCUUGCUUCCUCGGCUGCUCACCUGCCCGGGACCUGCUGACCCUGCAGUCUGCUGUGGCUCCCUCUGCCACUGACAGCAAGGUGUCUGUCUUGCCAUCGACUCCCUGAGGGGAACACAGGACGACCUGCGGCUGUGUCUCAAACUGCCCGGUGUGGGCCCACGUUUCAGCUCUUGACCGCUGGGGGCUAAGGCUGCCCAUGUGGCCCUCCUCUGUGGCUUCAGAACUGACUUCCUGUCUCCUGGAAAUGCCCGACCUGGUCCCCGCGUGGGCACUGCCUGCUCAGCCUCUGGCAGACAGGUCCCCGGUAACUGGUCAUUCCGUGGGAACAGGGGUGGCCUGGUCUCAGGUGAUGGCAUCAAUAGGUGAUUUGGGGUGUUCAGCAGCCCAACAUUGGGGAGAUUCCUGGAGAUUCUAAACCAGUAGGGAUGGGACUGCCCCACAUCGGAGCCAUGGUAACCCCCAGACCUGUCAGACCCUCAUUGUUCCUGUCAACCCAGGGUCCCCGGGGGUAUCCCCCGGACAGAUGCGAGCCAGUCUUUGGGGAGGUCUCCACACAAAGCACAGGGGUCUGUAGGAAUGCUGCUCUCUCUACCUGCCCCCCAGAAACAUAUCUAUAAUGGAUGCAAAGAAGGGGGAAAGGAAGACUGUCGCCCUUUUCCUUUCUUUCUUUUUUUAAGGCUAUUCUAAAACACAGGUUAUUGCAAACUGAAUGCUGCUGAAUGACGGGGUCCCAGUGAGUAACAGUGAACGAGUGUGAACCUCGCGCUCCACUGGCUUCCUGUGCUUCCCUGUCUGUCCUCAUGAAUCUAGUUUUGCACUAGAUUUUUCCCCUGGCUAUGAAAGCAUCCAAAAUGAGCAUCUGACCACCCCCACCCCCCAGCUGACUCCCAGUCAGACCCCACUGCCCCAUAGUUUUGCUCCCGCCCACCCCUUUAUAUCCACACCCUCCUGUGCCCCCUAAUACAUGCUGCUCAGGUUAGCAGUCUCAACCCCCAUGCCAUCAGCCAGCACAGAAGACAAAUCUACAAGUCACACACACUGGUCAAGU